AGCGUUAAUACUUAAUCUUAGCUUACAUCAACCAAUAUUUUAUUGAUUCGUUAAAUAGACUUAAAUAUUUUGCGGCGGCCUAAGUAGCGCUAUGGCUUAAACGGUGUCCGAUAAAAAAAACUAUAACACUGUGUUAUUCACUACCGAAAAUAUGGAAUAUUAUUAAACAAAUGUGUUCUAUAUAUCUAAAUGCUUAUGACGAUGUAUUUUCUGUCACCAGAUAAUAUGGAAUAACUUUAUUCAAACUGCCUAAACGAUAGAGGAUAUGAUGGAUGGAAUACGAGUUUUAUGAAAAGCAGUGUCAUUAGUAUGAUUUGAAACACUGUCGACACAAUAUAUACCAAGUAUAUUAAGAUUAAGGAGGUAUACAACAAGCUUACUUGAAAAAAGUGGUGCCAUAGUGAAUGAAUUAUUGCUUUAGUUAGAUGACUGACAAUGCUAAAAUACACAACGGCUGUGAGCAAUGAGGACGGUAUUGUCUCACCGGCACACCACCCGGAAUAUACACGAACUAUAGACGUUUCCGCUGGAAGCAAAGGGACGACUAAGAUGGCAAUAAAAAGAAGAGCAGGUAUUGCGAAGAAAAUUUUGUCACGUGACACACGAAACGAUGACUCCGCCCAUUUGCCACCGAUUGCCCAACCAGGUUCUCCACAAAAUAUGACUACAAAUAGUAACGUAUCACAAGCGAGAAAGGAGAAUAUUCAUUUCAUAAAUCAGCCAAUGAAACGCAAGGAAAUUCGGACUCCGUAUGUAUCUCAUGUAAAUAGAAUAAGUGAUGUUGCUACACCGUAUGUGUUACACACGCAAAUUACAAAUAUUAAUCCAGAGGCAAAUUUUGCCAGAGAAAAUUCUAAACUAUCAAAGUAUUCAGGUAAUGUAGUGGAAUACAAACACGAGCCUGAACUUCAUCAUGAAGCAACAUUUUCAAGCCUCCAGAAGAUUCCCACUAGUACAUCACCGGCUCAAGACAGAAGACCUCGAGGCCGACAUGGUAGGAAAAGCAAUAGCUUCAAUGAACAUGACAUGCGCGGAAACGCAGAUAUAAGGGAAUUGACAAUUCAAAGCAAUCAGAUGGGACUUUACCAAAGAACUGAGAGAAAAAGAGAUAAAUCUCGAGAGAAAGGCAAUGAAUCGUUUUCAAUAAGAAAGAAAAUUGAACAGUUUCGUAGGUGGCAUGAAGAACAAUAUAGGGAAAAGAUAAAAAAGUUGAAACAGGAAGUGGACCAUCAGUUUGAAGCAGAACAUAAUAGAGUUAGCCGACAAGUAGGAACUCUAAGAGAAACACCAACUUCAAAAAAUGAUAUGUCCGUCAAUGUAGAAAACGAGAAGGUUCCAUCUGAAGUAUCACAUGAAAAAAUGGAACAAGAUAAGAUAACUCCAAAUCCUUUGUCAGUAACUAAUGAAAGUACCUCAAAAGCUAGAAGUAGUUCGGCUAGGACAUGGAAAACAUGGAGAAAUGUAAAUGAUUCAUACGCGUAUAAUGAUGUACAAAAGUAUAUCAAAGAAAAUGAAUUAAUGGAUGAGGAAAAAUCUGUGUGGAUUAAAAAAUGGAUAAUCGAAGUGAACAAAGCUAUGAAAGAUCAACAUCAUGAAAGUAUAUUGUGAUAAAAGUAGUUAUAUAUGUAGUAAAAUAGGAAAUAUUUAAUGAGUGUUACUCCAGCAUGGCGGGGGCAGCUGGACAGAAUUAAAGUAAUUGUCCAUGUUGACAACCAAAUGCCAAAAGUCAGAAUGACUUAAAAUGAUAUUUUUAGAUGUAGAUUCUGUUCACACCAGUUUCCAUCAGUAAAUAUGUUAAUUUUAUGAAUAUAGUGCUUAUAAUGGUUAUACAAUUGUAAGGUUCACUUUCCUAAUUAUUCUAUCGACAUGUUAGCUACUACACUGCUACAAAUGAUAAAAAUUCUUUAUUUGCUUAGGAAACAUAAAAGAAUAACUGGUUACCAUUUUGACGAGGGUUAUAUCAAUAAUGAACAAUGUCUAAAUUUUUGGUAUGGCAGGAAAAGUGAUCACUAAUUCGGUGCCAGUUAUUAAAUUAACGAUGUUUUAUGAUUCAAAGCAUCCCUGAAGCAAUCCGUUGCUACUUCUCGAAGCACAAAUUCACUGUUAGUUUUCAAAACAUGUAUUUACUGGAAAAAGUAUUUAGUGUUCUUGGAAGCAAUAACAUCCUUUCACUUUCACUUCAUCAUUCUUUUAUAGGAAAGUAAGUAAGCAAGCAAGUGCUAAGGUUAUAAAAGUCCUUCUUUUCGCACAUUUGGAAGGACCCUUUAUACCAUUGAAUUAUUCAUGCGCACUGUAUAAUAAAAUUAAACCGCAAGGACUGAAUAUUUAUGAAGGUUCGUAGAAACAAUGGUAUCAAUUUAAUGCGCAUGUCUUCAAAUGAUUCAUUUCACUCCAGUGUUAGUUGAAAGAUUCCUGUACUAAACCAAAAGAAUAUUUAGUCGAUGUCCUAGAUAUGAAAGUGCUUCAUUUUUUGUACAAUUUUAUAAUAUUCCAUUUACCUCCAAUAUGUUUGUUUUGGAUAUUUAAAACUAUCCCAUUUUUAUGAUUCACAACUAUUUGAAUUGCAAUGUGUUUUAUGUCACUGUUAUAGCGAAACUGUGAUAGAACUUGUUCAGUAUUACAAUACAAAGUUUAUCAUUGUA